AUGCCUCAUGGUUGUUUCAAAUAUUUAUCACCAUCGUCUACAUCAUUAAAUGUUUACAUUAAGCCGGGUGCUAAAAAUAAUUCUAUACGUCAGUUAAAUAAUGAUACAGAUGAAUUAGAAAUUCAGAUAAGUGCCGAUGCUAAACAAGGUGAAGCGAAUGAAGAACUAAUCUCUUAUUUAAAAUCGAUAUUAAAUGUACGUUCAAAUCAAAUUAGUUUAGUUCAUGGACAUAAACAACGGAAGAAAAUUAUACGUAUUGAUGAUAUAACUACCACAGAGGAAAAUGAUAAGAACCGAACAAGUGUAAACGAAUUAUAUGAACGAAUUCAAUCAGAGAUAAAAUGA